CCGAGCAGUGAACUCAGACACACAGAUUAUUUUCACUGCUGCAGUUUUACUCUUUUACAGCGUGAAGGAGGGAGGAUCAUGUCUUGCAAGCAUGACUCCCGAAAAUGACUCGUGCGCGCUCUUUAACGGCACCGGGUGUAACGGGACCGGAGCGAACCACCCGCCCGUGCGCCUCUCUCGCGCGCUGCCUUUGGGACUGGUCCUGGGAGCGUUUAUCGUCUUCGCAGCGGUCGGCAACGCGCUGGUCGUGGCCUCAGUGCUGCGCGACAGACGCCUGCGCGCGCCGACACACUGGCUGAUCGCGAACCUGGCGGCGGCGGACCUGCUGCUGAGCGCCGCCGUGCUGCCGGUGUCGGCGGCGCACGAGAUCCUCGACCGCUGGGCUUUCGGGAGCGUCUUCUGCGACGUGUGGGCCGCGCUGGACGUGCUGUGCUGCACGGCGUCCAUCCUGAGCCUGUGCGUCAUAUCGGUGGACCGCUACGUCGGCGUGAGCCGCCCGCUGGCCUACACGAGCAUCGUGACGCACCGCCGCGCGGUGCUCGCCGCGCUCUCGGUGUGGCUCGUCUCCGUGCUCAUCUCCGUCGGACCGCUGCUGGGAUGGAAGCAGGCGCGCUCGCCGGACGACACCGCGUGCGACAUCACCGAGGAGCCCUACUACGCGCUCUUCUCCUCGCUCGUGUCCUUCUACAUCCCGCUGGCCGUCAUCCUCGCCAUGUACUGCCGCGUCUACAUUGUGGCUAAACGCACGAGUCGCAGUUUGGAGCUGGGCGUCCGGAAGGAGAGAAUAAACUCCACGGAAGUCACGCUGAGGAUCCAUCAGGGCUCCAGGACGCGCGAGGAACCGGCGCAGGAGCAGCAUCACCACAACCACCACCACCACCACCACCAUCAGCAGCAGCAUCAGCGGAGCUCGCUCACGGUCACGGUGUUGAAAUUCUCUCGGGAAAAAAAAGCAGCCAAAACGGUUGGAGUGCUGGUCGGAGCGUUCACCGCGUGCUGGCUGCCCUUCUUCAUCACCUUACCCAUCGUCUCCUUCAACACUGAUCUGCGUCCUCCAGAAACCGUCUUCAAAUUCGUCUUCUGGCUCGGUUACUUCAACAGCUGCGUGAACCCCGUCAUCUACCCGUGUUACAGCCGCGAGUUCCGCCGGGCGUUCGCUCGGAUCCUGCGCUGCCGGACGCGUCGGUCGGUGUGGAGGACGUUUCCUCCUCACGGCACCUCGUCCUGCCAGGCCAGGAAAGACUCCCGGGACUCCAUGGAGAACUUCGGCAGCUACGUGUACGGCAGCCAGAGGACACUGUCCUUCUCCAGCCCGUGUCCCAGUCCUGGUUUCCACAGCAAGGGUCAGUUUCCGUUCUCGGAGCACGGACACGCUCACCCUCACCCUCGGAGCAGGAACAACUCGGUUUUGGUCGAGAGUGUUACAGAUCGGCCUCUGGAGCCUGUCAGGGAGGAUACGCUGCAGGACAACGGACAAAUAAAUCCGAUAAACGCCGAGACGUUCUCUGACGGUCAGACGAGUCAAGUGGCGAAGGACGUUGUUCUCAAACCUAGCGACUAAUAAACUGCCAUCUCAGUGUUUACGUAUUACUAAAGAAACGAAGAUCGGACAUAAAUAAAUGAGACGCACACAAUUUCCCAUUUCCCCCGAAUGUUGUCAUUAUCCAAGAUAUGUCUGCUGUCUGAGGUUUGCUUCUUUACUUUUAACACACGAGGUUAAUAUAGCUAGCGGAGGCUUUUAUAGCCACCAGUUUAACUGUGUUCCUUUAAUACAUUCUCUGCUUCAUUAGUAACACUACUAACGUGAUCUUUUCCUUGCUGAUUCUCUCCGAUUAUACACACUCAGUGGGCCUCGUUUAUUAUUAACCUGUUAGAAUGUUGCAUAGAAAUGUUUUUGUGGCCAAACUGAUGGAAAAUUUCCUGCCAGAUUUACAAAAAUAUCCGAUUCCCUUCAUACACACGUACAUACGUUGACCAGCGCCGAUCAGCAUGUUCCUGGCGCUUACUUUGUUGUGCCACGCCCACAAAACACCAUAAAAGGCAAAGAGAGCAGAAACCGACAAAAAUGGUGACUAAACAGUGAAAGAGCGCGUCCUGGAUGAAUUGCGCUCUGAAUUUAUGUUUGUUUGUUUUUUUUUUUUUAAUCAACAUGUUUUUGGUCUUUCGUGGCAUUAAUAUGAAAGGAAAAUUCGUGUUUUUACAAAACGUUCAUUAAAUCGGUGUGUCGUUGAAAUAACGACGCGAUUUUAAACGUGAUCGUCCCCGACUCGUUUCCAGCGAUACGAUUCGAUCGCGGUUCGUGUUUGUGAGCCUCUUUAGGGAAAUUUACACCAACGCACAUUUUCAUUAACGUCGUAUUUCUUCUUUAAACGCUCCCGAGAACCAUCCGCGAAUAAAUUUGUCCGUAUUCGUUUUUUGAUCGAACGAGACCCGUGACGUUUCGACGUCUCGACGUCGUUUGCUUGCUUGCUUUGAUCCUGCGCCGAUUCUCAGAACCGCUUUCAAACCCCAAGCCUCAGUUCCCACAAUCAACGAGGAAGAACACUGUAAAACACCCGACUGAGCCAUGAUCGUCGCAUUUAUUCCGACAGAAGGAGAAAACACGUGUGAAGCUGAGGAUCUUUAUCCUGACACAGCUGUAUGAGAAACCCUGAAGGUCUAAAAUCACACACACACACACACACACACACACACACAGUUCUACAAUUGUGAAGAAAGGUGGGGAAAUCUGGCAGAUUGCUUGGAAUAAAUGAUGUAGUGAUGCUCGUGUGUUUGUCUGGCACUCAUUUAAUUCAUAAAAAUAACGAUAAUAAAUAAUUAGAAGAAUAAUAACUUAUAUUUAUAUACCACUUUUCAUUUCGAGUCAAAAUCUCAACGUGGUUUACAUGAAAGAUGAAAAAAUUAAACAAGAAAUAAAACAAACAAUCUGUAUAAGCAUAGAAUGAAUAAAAGCAGGUAAGUAAAAGAUAAACGUUUUAGAUGGACAAUUACGGGAAAAAAAAUGCAAGCAUCUUAUUGAUUUUUUUUUUUUUAUUUUUUUUUUAGAAUAUUCAUUGAUUGACGUAAUUUUUGAAUCACAUAUCAUCGUCCUGAAUUUGAUGAAUUUUAAUGAACGUGUGUCUUGGCUACAGUUUUAAAAGGGGAUUUAAAAAAUAUAAUAAUUUAGUACUCCAAAACAAGAUCGAUUUUAGCCGAGAGCUUUUCUCAUACACUCGCUUCUCAGCCAAAACCCACGCACGUUCACUAAAACCUGACAUUCAGACAUUUUGGUACAGCUCGGAUGCUGACGUUUGGCCCGAAAUGAAAUGAAAAUGACGAGAUCACUCGGGGGAAAUGAUGUAACGGGUGACGUAUUACAGCUAAACGAUUCAACAAACCCUCGGCCGGUCCGUACAGGAGUUCACAGAGUGCGUUCGCGAUCGUCGCAGCCAAAAAUGUUUGAUUUGCUGCGUCUUUUUUUUUUUUUUUUACAAAAAUUGUGAUACAAAUCUGCAGAAAAAAAAAAAGAAUCUGAAGAAACUCUGCAGCAAUUUUAAAAAAUAAAACGCACGCUCCUCCGAAUGUCGCGGAGUUCGCGUUCAUUUCUGCGAUCGUGAAACGGACUGAUCGGGGAAAAACGAGAUCGUAAAAGCUUUUGUGGGUUGGAUUACUGAUCGGAAGGUCCGGAGUUCACAUCCCAGCACUACUACGCUACUUAACUCUCACCUGCUCAGAUGUAGAAAUAAAUGAGAUAAACGUAAGUCGCUCUGGAUAAGGGCGUCUGCCAAAAACGCCCUAAAUGUAAAUAUUUCAUUUCAGCAUUUAAAAUUGUGAUUUUUAUAAUUUCACAUUUCUAUCACUCUUUAUUACUGGAUAAAAAAUUCUCCCAGCCCUAAUAAGAACUCCUAGUGGGAACGAAUCGAAAUGAUCGUCCCAGUCCUCUCUGUACAGAUACGGUGAGUGCAGAGUGUAGAACCGCAGGCACUCGGCACUCACCGUGUCUGUAUAGAGAGGACUGGGAUCGUGCGUCUCGCAGCAGCAGACGUCUCGUCUCGUCUGUUACGUCUAAUUUAAUCGUUAUUCUCAUCCGAUGCACCGUCUUCCAUAAAUAAGCGCUAGCGAAUGAUUGGGUUCACCGGUUUAAUCUGGUUCCGGUAAUAUUUUCAUACUGGUCUAGUAAAUAUAAUGUACAAAUAUGUAAAUGUUUACUGGAACCUACUGUAUGCUCUAAUCGCUGCAUUUCAGACAAAGUACACACUCGCACACACUCAGGAAAAUAAAGAUAGCUAUAAAGACUGGGUUAAGACAAUGCACUGUACAAAUUUAUUUACACUCGUCUCUUAUACAAUGCUCAUACAAUCAUCAUCUUUUUUUUUGUUUGUUUGUUUGUUUGUUUGUUUCUGUAAAUCACUCAAAUCUUUAAAUUCGAGUCAGGAGUCGUCCGAACUCGCUUUUUAGAAUGCGUUAUCAUUUAAACAGUGAAACGCAGAACAGAAAAAAAUUAAAAAAUCACACAGAUGUACAACACGGCAAAGAAAGAAAACAAAAACGCAAUGCGGUAUAACAACAUGUGAUAUAAUAACGCCCGGAUGAAUCAGCUAAAACGAACUGAAACGGAAAUGAGAAGAAAAAAAAAAAAUGAACAGAAAUAAAUUAGCUUGAAAAUAAUAAUAAUAAAAAAGUGUAGUACUGGUAAGUGUAAAGUUUUUAAAAAAAAAAAAUAACAAAGGUUUUUUUUUUUUUUUUUUUUUUUUUUUAAA